UUUUGAUAAGACCUUUGAGUUUAGAACCCAUUUUGAAGCAUCAACAGGCUGGAAACCAGUCUAUUUCUUUCACUUUAACCUCUUCACCGAUGAUGAAAUUAGAACUUAACGAAAAAGCGAUAAGCAAGCCCUUAAAAAUAACCACGGACAUCAGAACUAGCCAGAAUUACGAUAAAACCCAACAAAUAGGAGGCCGAACUAUUAACCAAGGCCAGGAGAACCAAAACUGA